AUGUUUGGGCAAGAAGGGGAGGAGCUCAACAACUGGCGAAAGCAAAACGGACCUAUUUAUGCAGAAGAACUUAAAAAGCAAAUUGAAGAGAAAAAUCGAAAGAAAUUAGGUUCAAAUUUACCACAACCGACGUUUAUGGAUGCAAAACCUGUUAAUAAAUUACUUCCUGAACCAGAAAGACGCUCGUUGAUCGAUUUUCAUCCUCGCCCUCCAAUAUUACCAUCAAGUUACGAUCCUCCAAGUCAGAAUAAUCAAUUUAAUUACGACAGAAUAGUUUCAUACGAAAUCCCUUCUCGAAUUAAGCCUUGUGAAGAUAACAUAGCAAUUCUAUCUACGAAAUUAGAGACAAUGAUGAGUUCUUAUCAAGAAAAUAUCAGUUCUCUAAAAGAUCGGGUAAAUCAACUUGAAAAUACAGUCACAUCAUCAAACCAGAUGAUAAAUAGCAUGAACGAUUACUUUAAAUCGAUAAAUAACGAUAUCCAACAAAAAGUUAAUAAUUCCGUUUCAAAUGUUGAUUCUCAAAACAAUAAGUUGAAUAUUUUAGAAAGUAAAGUUUCUAAAAUUGAAGAAGCCCUUGUUGUUGCAAAUCAGAAAACCUCAUUGAUCGAAUCUCAAGUUGGAGAAAGUAUUUCAAAGUUAAACAACUCAUUACAACAAUUUGAUGCUGCAGAUCAAUCUGCACAUUCAACAUUGUUCCAAAUUAUACAUAAUCUACAGCAAAAAAUGGCAACUGCAAUUAAAGAUUUACAAAAUGCGUUUCAAAACUUGCAGCCUGCUGUUGAAAAUAAUAUUCUAACACUGGAAAAGGAAACUAAAGAGGCGUUGGCGAAGGUAAGAUCCGAAAAUAAUUCACAAAUUGAUCAAAUAAGAAAUGAAAUUAAUAUUCAAACAAAAGAAACAGCAAAUGCAUUUGGAACAUUCCAAGAUGAUGUUGUCCAGACUAUUCAGACGCUAUCCCAAUCAAUAAAUCUUCGAACAAAUGCUAUUUUAAGCGCAAUUAACCAAAAUUCUGACGGUAAAUCGCCUCAGAAAACUCCAAUAGUAAUAUACGAACCAAAUAUUAGAUCCCCAGCAAUAACUCCCCAGAACGAAAAGGAUAAAGAAGAUAUUCAAUCGAUCAUCAAAGAAACAGUCGAUAAACUCGAAGUCAAGCUGAAAGAUGAGAUUAGCGCUUAUGUCAUUUCAACUACAAAUAGGAAUAAUCAAGAGUCACCGUUUAAAUCUCCUCCAAUUUCAUCUCCACGACGAAUUGGAAAAUCGUUGACACCAAAUAAUGACCAAUAUGUAUCAGAAUACGAAGAAGAAGAGGAGGAAGAAGAUAAUACAGAUAACCCAGUUAAUGCGGAUCAAAUUAAUGGCGAAUUUAAGCCAAGACCACCAAAUGAACAGCAUUACAUAAGAGUUAGAGUAAAAAAGCAGAGGAAAAGGAAAAUAAUACGUGAUCCUAACGAAAAUCCACCUAGCUAA